AGGUGGGGAGGUAGUGGCCCGCGACUCUCCAAGCCCUGCUCGCGCCCUGGCCCUUCCCGGGCGCUCGGCCUCCUUCUUUCCCUCCUCCGCUCGCCUAGUCUUCCGUGCGCGCCGAGCGCUGCGCUCGGCCGGCGUGCCUCGCGUCCUAACGGGCGGCCAGGGGCGCCAAUCAGCGGGCGGCAGGGUGCCAGCCCUGGGGCUGUGCCGGCGAAUCGGCGGGGCUCGCGGCCGGGGGUGGGAGGCGGGUCUACCGCGCGGCCGCGGCGGCGGAGGAGCAGCUCCCAGCCAGCAGCCAGCGAGCACCGAGCGAGCCGCCCGGAGACCCUCAUCCCAUUCGGAAGAGGAAGGAACAAAAGGUCCCGGACCCCCGGCUCUGACGGGGCGGGACCCGGAGCCUCGGUCCAGGUUAGAUUAAGGAGGAUAUUUUCUUAGUGUGGACCGCUGCCUUUGGUAAGAACAUGUCGUCCAUCUUGCCAUUCACUCCGCCAGUUGUGAAGAGACUGCUGGGAUGGAAGAAGUCAGCUGGUGGAUCUGGAGGAGCAGGUGGAGGAGAGCAGAAUGGACAGGAAGAGAAGUGGUGUGAGAAAGCAGUUAAAAGUUUGGUGAAGAAGCUAAAGAAAACAGGACGAUUAGAUGAGCUUGAGAAAGCCAUCACCACUCAAAAUUGUAAUACUAAAUGUGUUACCAUACCAAGCACUUGCUCUGAAAUUUGGGGACUGAGUACACCAAAUACGAUAGAUCAGUGGGAUACAACAGGCCUUUACAGCUUCUCUGAACAAACCAGGUCCCUUGAUGGUCGUCUUCAGGUAUCUCAUCGAAAAGGACUGCCACACGUAAUCUAUUGUCGAUUAUGGCGCUGGCCUGAUCUUCACAGUCAUCAUGAACUCAAAGCAAUUGAAAACUGCGAAUAUGCUUUUAAUCUUAAAAAGGAUGAAGUAUGUGUAAACCCUUACCACUACCAGAGAGUUGAGACACCAGUUUUGCCUCCAGUAUUAGUGCCACGGCAUACUGAGAUCUUAACAGAACUACCACCUCUGGAUGAUUAUACCCACUCCAUUCCAGAAAACACUAAUUUCCCAGCGGGAAUUGAGCCACAGAGUAAUUAUAUCCCAGAAACGCCACCUCCUGGAUAUAUCAGUGAAGAUGGAGAAACGAGUGAUCAACAGUUGAACCAAAGUAUGGACACAGGAUCGCCAGCAGAACUAUCGCCUACUACUCUUUCCCCUGUUAAUCAUAGUUUGGAUUUGCAGCCAGUUACUUACUCAGAACCUGCAUUUUGGUGUUCAAUAGCAUAUUAUGAAUUAAACCAGAGGGUUGGGGAGACCUUCCACGCAUCACAGCCCUCGCUCACCGUAGAUGGCUUCACAGAUCCGUCCAAUUCAGAGAGGUUCUGCCUAGGUUUACUCUCCAACGUCAACAGAAAUGCUACAGUAGAAAUGACAAGAAGACAUAUAGGAAGAGGAGUGCGCUUAUAUUACAUAGGCGGUGAAGUUUUUGCUGAGUGCCUAAGUGACAGUGCAAUCUUUGUGCAGAGCCCCAACUGUAACCAGAGGUACGGCUGGCACCCUGCAACAGUGUGUAAAAUCCCACCAGGCUGUAAUCUGAAGAUCUUCAAUAACCAGGAAUUUGCUGCUCUUCUGGCUCAGUCCGUUAAUCAGGGUUUUGAAGCCGUGUAUCAGCUAACUAGAAUGUGCACCAUAAGAAUGAGUUUUGUGAAAGGCUGGGGAGCAGAAUACCGAAGGCAGACAGUAACAAGCACUCCUUGCUGGAUUGAACUUCAUCUGAAUGGACCUCUACAGUGGUUGGACAAAGUAUUAACUCAGAUGGGAUCCCCUUCAGUGCGUUGCUCAAGCAUGUCAUAAAAGCCUCGUCACCAAUCAAGUCCCAUCAAAAGACUUAAUGUACCAACUCUUCUGUCAUAGUAUUUGUGUGUGGUCCCCGUGGACUGUUUAUGUUUACUGUCCAAAACUUCAAGAGAGAAAACAGCACUUGAGGUCUCAUCAAUUAAAGCACCUUGUGGAAUCGGUUUCCUAUGUUCAGAUAUUAGGUGGGAAAAUUAGUGUCUAGAAAUACCCUCCCAUAAAGGAGGAAGAGAAGAUUUUAAAGACUUACUGAUGUCUUGUUGGGCAUAAAACUGGGUGUCCCGAAGGUUUAUUAAUAACAGUAGUAGUUAUGUGUACAGGUAAUGUAUCAAGAUCCAGUAUCACAGUAUUGUGCUGUUUAUACAUUUUUAGUUUGCAUAAAUUAGGUGUGUGUGCUGCUUCUUGAUUUAGGCAAGCCUUUAUAAAGUUACAGUACCUAAUCUGUUAUUCCCACUUCUUCGUUAUUUUUGUGUGUCUUUUUUAAUAUAUAAUAUAUAUCAAGAUUUUCAAAUUAUCAUUUAGAAGCAGAUUUCCCUUGUAGAAAAACUAAUUUUUCUGCCUUUUACCAAAAAUAAACUCAUGGGGGAAGAAAAGUGGAUUAAUUUUUGAAAUCCUUGACCUUAAUGUGUUCAGUGGGUCUUAAGUAUUCAUUCUUUUUGUGUUUGUUCACUUACUGCUAAAUCUCAUUAUAAGCAAACCUUAUGGAAAAUCUCUCCACCCCUGUUCUCCAUUUCCACUUUUGUCCUGAUACCAGAACAGCGUAGCAUGAUAUCCAUCAUAUCCAUCGCCAGGAAUGGUUGCACUGAUACUGCCAGCACCAGUUGGUUCUGGGGUACAGUCAGAAUUCAUAUGAAGUCUGUCCCUCUGUCUUACCAAGUUCCAAUUUCAGCAGAUAAUAGUAGACUUGUGCAACCUAGCAGUCUUUACACCUCAUAAAAUAUGCACAGGUGGCAGUAUAGUUAUUUUCAGGGAUAUGCUACAAUUAUUUCAAUAGGUUCAUCCUUUUUAAAAAAUCAGUCUAUUGAUACAAACACUCUUUUUAAAAAGAUAUUUUAAAAUAUUUCACUAGCAGACCUAGAGCUCUUUGAGUUGACUUUCAUUUGAUUUAGUUACCAGAUUGUAUUAUGAAGUGAACCUUUUGUAGAUGCAAUCGCUUCUGCAAAAUACCUAGAAAAGUAAUGCAGAGGUAUGAUCAGCUGAUAAGGGCCAUCUGUUUUUAAGGUAUGUUGUAUUAAAUUUAUAAAAUCUGUUAUUCUACAUAGUAAUGAAUUCCAAAUUUUAAAAGUUGAGGGGAAAACAGUUUAGCAAGUUUUUUAGCUUAUAGUUACCUGCAUUUUGAGCUGUUCUUAACGAAUCCUGAAUAUGUGGUGACUUUUAGAACCAACCAUACUUUAUGCUCUGCAAUGACAGGAAAUGUCAAAAGCUCUGCUGAUAGUCCCUUCUGCAGCAAAUAACCCUUAUUUCUAUUAUCAACUCAUUGCAGUUUAAGCAUUUCUUGUUUGCAUCUCAGUAGAAAUGGAAAAUAACCACUCCUGGUCCCCUUUUAGUAAGUUCUCAUAUUUUUGAAGACAGAUUAUCUUUGGUAUUUGUUUUUCGAAACCAUAUUCACCUGUCUCUACAGGUGUUAUUUUCAAUACUCUCACCAUUUGGUUGUUUUCUACUAGAUAGUCCCCAUUUUCAGAUAUUUGUGUAUGCAUGUACAUGUUCCUGUAAACUUGCAGUAGUCUUUUUUAUUAUUAUUAUUCAUUUAACAAAUAUUUAUUGUUCAGCUGUUAUGUGUGCCAGGAACUUUCUUCGCCUUUGAGUAAAGGUGAACAAGACAGAUAUGGUCCUUGCCUUUGCUGAGAUAUAACAGUUUAUUAGCUUAUUUGUCUAUGAAGGAGAUAAACAGGGUACUGUGAUAGAACAUAGCAGAGGGGAGGCUUCUGUAAGGUAGUGAUGCUCAAGCUAACACUUGAUGGGAGAAAGGAGCCAGCCAUGUAGAGAGCAAGGGAAAAUAGGCAUUCUUGGCAAAGAAAAUGGCGUCAAAUGCAAAGGCUCAUUUUAGAGGAAACUCAUUAUGUAUUAGGUAUUAAACCUCUACACAUCCAAACUUGAGGAUCAGAUUGGUUCUACAGUUUAUAGUAGUUGAAGGUGGCCUUAUUUUGUGAUAGACUGCUCCAUGUAUCAUUCUUACUAAUAUUUCCUCUUGCUCAAGCCCUUACUGUAAAACGUUUAUACUGGGUCAGUACCAUUCAACUCAACAACCCUUUCUUUAAUUCUGCCUUGGGCAGAUUUUAACCACUGUAGUGAUUAGCUGCUUGCUUCCAGACAUCCUGUUGCCCGCUAAUCACUACUUGUACAGCCCAGACUGUGGAUAGAGAAGAUGUCCCAAGAGUUCACCACCAUCAGACCUGUUGGAAGUAACCAGUGAAGGCUCUGCCCUUUGGAAGUGUUUACUUCUUUGAGAACUUGUGGUGUCAGGGAACAGUUCUGGGGCAAAGUAAAACUUCGAAAGUGGUUAAAAAAAAAAAAGUCCUGGCACUUAUUCUUGCAUUGAUAUGUUACAUGGAACAGUGCCAUCUGUAACAUUUCAAUAGUGAAUCACAUCUCUACAGUUAUGCUGGGAUUCUUCUGUACAAUGUGAAACUGGGACUCAGCUCUUUGGAAACACCUGUUCUAUUGAGCAGUUAGGCUUAAGCAGUUGACUUCAUGGUGGUGGUGGUGGUGGUUACCUUUGUAUGAGUAUGUCCAGUGGUCUUAUUUGCUUUCUAAUGAGAUGCUGUUUUGCAUUAUAUUUUCUCCACUGUGCCCUAAAUUAUUCUGGUUUUUUUUUUGUUUGUUUUUUUUUCCUCCCCUUUAUAGGGUUUGUUUUCAUUCUUCUAGGUAAUAAGAACUUCUCUCCGUAGAAUUUUAUCUUUAAAUUAGCCACAUCAUUUAGAAUUUCUUCUACACAAUGCUGGUGAUUUCCUCUACACAGUGCUGGUAAUUUCCUCAUUUUAACAACAUGAGAACUGAAUGACCACGCUGCCCACCCCAUUUCUAAGGCAAAUGGUGGUUUUCACAGUGGUUGAUACACACCUUAGUGCUGGUUUGGGGAACUGGAGGCUGGUGACAUUCCCACUAACUUUGGCCUAACCAGUGGCAGCUACAUUUUUAUUCUGUAUCGGAGUUCCAUAUCUAUUUCUUCCUUCCUUCCUUGCUUCCUUCCUUUCUUUCUUUAAGUUUUAUUGCUUAAAAUUUUUUUUGACUUUUCUAAUUAUUCAUUAUGAUACACAUUCAUUCAAUAAACAUUUAUUGAUGCCUGUUCUUUAUGUAGCCAAUGUGACAGAUUUUGAGUAAUAAAAAGAUCCCUGGGAUUUGGUACUGACCCUCAAGCUGUCUUAUUCUUGGCAGGGGGGGAGGAUAGUUUCUCUCUCAGGACCUGUCACUUUGCCAUAUGGAAAUCUGCCUAAUUUUUCUUGAAAGCUAAAUAUUCUUAUUCUGUACUCUCACCCUUAUUAUUCUGUAUUCUGAGUAUAUAUUUGCAGAUUGUUAAUAUCUAGGUCUUUUUGUAACCUUAAACCAUACCUGAUUUUGCUUGAUUCAUCUGUCUUUUACGCAUUGCCAGAUUUUCUUCUUUGUUAAAAUUAUUUUAGUUUCCCUUUAUUUGUGCCUUUAUUGUCAAUUUCAUCAAGACUAAGAUUAUGAAAGUGAAAAACAAUCAGUCUAGUCUCUUGCUAGUUGAAAUCAAAUAAAAAAGUGUGUGUGUGUGUAUAUAUACACACACACACAGUUGGUUUCUCUACCUCUUUCCAAAACUGUCCAGAUGUACCUUUAACAGCUUUCUUUUCUUUUUUCUUUUUUUUUUUUUUUUAAGUAACUAAAUAUUUUGAACAUUUGUUCAAUCAUCAGCACCCUCCUGGUCUGGAUAGUGAUGGAAUAUGAUGUCACACAAGACAAUCUUGACUGGACUUAAAAUCUGUCUCUAUGUACGGUCUUUGCUUUCAUAGCUAAACAUACCAGUUCCACACAUUGCUCCCGCCUCCACCAUUCCACGAGUAUCUUUUUAGAUAACUAGCUAGUCUGUGUGCCCAAGCAGCCCAUGGUGUUUUCUCUUACUUUGAUGCAGCCCAUUGAUGUUUAGACACAACAAAUCAUGGCCCCCCUUUUUUUCCUUCAUGAGCUUUAGUUUACUAAACCCUUGAUAUUCCUCAAUUGAGCUUUCUUCUUCCUUGUUUUAACAGUGUGUAUUCCCUAGUGGUUUUGCUAGUUGCCCUCUUCUUCACCAACCAUGUUUUCUCUCCAUACAUCAGAAUGUUUCUCUUCUUUGAAUUGUACUAAAGGCCAGAAAGGACAGUGCUGUUCACACCCAGGGUCCUGGUUUCUUCAUCAUGAAAGUUGACUUUCAGACUGGUCAAUCACUGAAAUCCUGCAAUUUGGCUCAGAAAUUCUAUCCAGGUAAAUGCUUUAGUGAUGAUCAAAUAGCACAAAUCACCAGAUUCUGUUUUAAAUUUAUGUUUAGGGAGUUCCCAUCGUGGCUCAGUGGUUAACGAAUCCGACUAGGAACCAUGAGGUUGCGGGUUCGAUCCCUAGCCUCACUCAGUGGGUUAAGGAUCCCGCAUUGCCGUGAGCUGUGGUGUAGGGUGUAGGUCGCAGGCAUGGCUCGGAUCUGGCAUGGCUGUGGCUGACGGCUAUAGCUCCAAUUAGACCCCUAGCCUGGGAACCUCCAUAUGCCACUAUGUUUAGGUUAUGACCUUUUCCAGCAGUUGCAACCAGUGAUAACCGCAUAAUACUAUCAUGUUUCCACCUUGGAGCAUAUUGGGUUGUUAGAUUUAUUUAGUACAAUCGAGAGUAAUAACCAUAGUGUGUGGUGUCUUGAGAUUGUUAGGAUCCUAUUGGGUUCCUUUUAUAUUUUCAAGUUUUCAUGAAUAUUUUGUCUGUUCACACUAUCUUUUGUGUGAGGGUAUUGAGGGACAAAUUAUUUCUUGGAGUGGAAUUCCUGCAUUUGGAGCCCCAACCAGGAAAUGAAAUAUAUUAGAUAUAGAUAGCCUCACGGUAGCUUUUAUGAAAAGAACUUGUCUACUGUGUUCACGUAAUUUCUCAAGUAGGAACUGUUUUAUCUUGGGUAUAGCUGACUUUAUAUGUAGCAUAACUGCCUUAAAUCUUUUUAGUAGGAAAUAAUAUAAUGUGUAUGUAUGGAUUUAUAUAUACACAAACACAGGAAAAGAAGCUUAACAGAAGGGGUUGUUUAUCUGCAUACAUUUGAACGGUGUUCAAUGAUUCUGUUGUUCAGAUCUCAGUGAAAAUUUUUUAAUUUGCUUGCAGACAUUUUCCUCUCAUGGACAGACCAUCAAAGUAAAUUUUUUAUUCUGCUGGAGUCCUAACUUGGUGGUUCAGUUAGUAAGCCAUUUUUCAGCAGCGUGACAAUUGAGGGUCAUAACUGAAAUUCAUUAGCAUCCUCCCCCACCCCCAAAAAAAGCUCGAUACUGACUUACAGUUACUUUUCUUUUUUUUUUUUUAAAUGAUGUUAGCUCGUGUGCCCUGCCCUACACUUGUCCACCUGGCAUAAGAUUUCUGUUUAGGAUACCCUGAGAAGUACUGCUACGAGGUCAAAUUUUCUGUAUUUAAGGGUAGCCUGAAGAUAACUUUCUUAGCCAUGCUUAGCAGAAAUGGAUUUUCCAAAGUUCUGUGGGCCAUUUCUGAUUCUCAGAGGAUCUGACCAGAGUGUAUCAGCCUAACUAAGUUAACUUCAGUGUUAGUUGGUUUGCUGCCAUGAAAUGCCUAAUAGACCCAAAAGUUCAACAUUACCGCUAAGGAUGGGAGUAGGGCUCAUUAACUUCACACAAAGGACUUUUAGAUUUUUCUCCAACAAAAUUUUCCAAAAAUGAUAUUCUUCUACCCUCUUGAAAAAAAAGCAAAAACAAAAACAAAAACUUUGUCUUCCUGUUUGCUCUUUUGGGUGGGGUGGGUAGGGGUUUACUUAUUCUUUCUAAUUAACGAUGAUAAUUUAUUGAACCAUGAAAUCCAUAAUAGACUGAUUUGAGGACAAAAGUAAAGUGUUAGAAUUGUAAAAAUACUUAACUGUUACAUAUUUUUCAUUUCACACUCUUUCUCCCUGUGGCUUUAACACUUUUGACUAUUUUGCAGCUUCAUUCACUAGAUAACUUGACAUAUUUGUUUCUGUAUUAAGUCCUGCUCUUUACACUGCUGUAGCAUGAAGUUGGUUCUCGGCAUUUGUCUUUAGAAGUCUUACUAAAGUCUUUUCUUCCAAAGAGAUUUCCUUCUCACCAAGUUCCUAAGAAAAUACCCAUUUGUCUCUUUUUUCACAUUCUUGAAUUGUUCAAACAGAAAAAAAAAAAAAGUUGGUGAAAAAGAUUAGGGUCCUUUUCUAAUGAAUGUAUGCAUUUGCUUUAAGAAUAUAGUCAUUUGUUAAUUUUAUGUAAUCUAUACACAGAUUAAUUUAAAUAAGGAGAAAUAAUUAUCACAUACAUAGCAAGUAGGUAACUUGCAUGGAUUUUACAUUUUUUAAAAAUGCCCUAUUUUUUGGCAAAACAUAGAACCCAAAAUGGUCAUUUCUUAGACCAACUCUAUCUCAGGCUUCAUUUUUCUCUUUUUUGACCCUGGCCAUAAAGGCAUAAAUGUUUAUAUCUUUUUCUUAGUGAUAGUGAAACUGUGACACUAACCAUUUCUAUACAAGACAGCAAAACAAAAACUAGAAAGAUUAGGAUGAAAGCAGUCGUGCAGUUGUUGAGCUAGAUCACAGCAUUGUAGGCAAAAUAAAAAUAUUCAUAUCUGAGGGAGUUUUUUUUUUUUUUCCUUGCCGUCUUUUCCCAAGGCCAGACCUUCUGGUAGAGCACAGUUAAAAGUAACAUAAUUCUGGGCCUUUGUAGUCUGAGGGAAAUAUCUCCAGUUGGCAGUCUUCUUUUUAAUAUGUGAAGCAAGAAUGUGGGAAAUAGUUGGCAAGGAAUAUUUUCACCUAAAAAAACAAAAAAUAUGAAAAGAUUUAGAACUGGAUUAUUCAUUUAGCUCUGAAAAUCUCAAAAAGAUACAGUAAAAUAUACUAUAUUACUGGGCAGAACCAGAAGAACCUUGUAGAGGAUUUGUCUGAAAAUGGGUUUCAAGGAUGAACUUUUCUACACAGCUCAGUGAUUUGCUUAAGUCCUACCAACUAUUAUUAAAAUUGACACUGUUAAAUAUUAAGAUAUUUUUUGAUUUCUAGGAACUAGCUAUUAGCAGGUGUCCUAAAAAUAUUUUUGAGCUGAUUCCCUCAAUAAGUAACCCUACUGUCUUGAAAAUUCUUAGCCUUUUUCUAGUGAUAGAAAGUGAGGAGUAGGUAGUGUUCUUAGGGUGCCCAGCUGCUCUUGUGUGCCUGGGGCCACACUAUCACCUGGGUGCAGGGCUUUUCCCAGAAAAACCCCAGGUGCACCAGGAGGAGCUGACAGCCCUAGGUGUUCCUGUGAUUUACCUUAAAUGUCGUAGUACUUGCAGCUAAAUUCAGCUGCCCUCUGACCAUCAUCAUUUCUGAUACUUGUCUUCCAAUUACUUAUUACCAUGGAUGGAAUGUGAGAUUUUUAACAAACAGUAGCGAAUGGCAUCAAGGUUGUAGUGAAACCAACACUUAGUAACCAGGAAAGAUAACUGGUGGUUUACUGAAACAGAAAAGGCAACUAGGUAGCAAAGUUCUUCUGAACCUGUGUGCGUAAGUACAAAUCAUGUCUUUAUGGGGUUGGAUUUAAUCAGAAAUGUCAGUGUUCACAGUGAAAGAAAACUGAGUAGCGUUGUGGAUUCCUUCUCUCUUGAGGGAGAAUAUGGCCUUUGAUGCUCUCUUCUCUGCUACAUUCCCUAGACUAUCCUGCUCAAGAAGCCAGAAUGUGGUACUAGUGUGUUCUCAGUGAGUGUCAUGUUAAGAUUACUAAAUGCAUCAGCCAGUGGCAGGAAUUGGGUGUCGGGAUCCAGACUGAGCAGUGCCCUCAGCUGAUAGCCUCUUGCCGCUCAGGUGCUUACCAGCUCUGACACCGACCACGGGAGGUGAGAUUUUUCUAAGACAGCAUUAAUUUUGUAAUGCAAUAUGAUGGAUGCAGAGUCUGAUACUGUUUCCCUGUGGUGGUCCUCAGAGACUGCAUCCUCUGUGCACUGUGAUGUAGAUGGUAGCUGUGUUCUUUGUAAGCUUUAAUCUUAUGAUUGUCAAAAUAUGAUGUGGUUCCAAUUUUUUAAAAUUAAACGAUGAGCUGAGGCUUUAUUUCAGCUGGUUUUCAAGUUAAAAUUGUGAAAUACUGAUUUCCUUCUCUCCACCCACACCAAAUAUUUUAGUCUAUUUAAAGUACAAAAAAAAAAAAAAUAGUUAAGAAAACAUGGCUUAAAUGUCCUGUGAUUUCUGGUCAAAUUUUAUAUAUAUUUGUGUGUGUCUGUAUGUGCUUUCACUUUUUACCUUGUUUGCUCUCUACCUGUGUUAACAGUACUUUUCACCAUUGAAAGGUGAACAUUUUUCCUAGCAUUAAAAAAAAAGCCAUUUGAGUUGUUUACCGUGUUAUUACGGGAGUAAUUUUUAGUUGUUUUCAUUGAUUUUUAUUUCAACUGAUCUCUUCUUAGAGGGGAUUAUAUUUUGCUGACCACACCUUAAAUCGUACUGAAACCAAAAAAAAAGUGUGUAUUUCAUAUAAUGGAAUUAUGAUAUUCA